CUGGUUCGGUUCAGCAUAGUCAGAAGCAGCGCCCAGUCUCAGUUCAACCCGAGUGCCCCGCCGAGUGAACGCCAAGCACCGCUGCCGUAGGUGAUCUCCUCUAAACUCGACCUCGUUGUGUUUCGGAGCUAGCGGAGCUGAGCGAGCCACACGAGUACAGAGAGGUUAUAGGACGCCCUGCCCUCGCCAGACCUCGCCAGACCUCGCCAGACCUCGCCAGACCUCGCCAGACGAACGAAUUUUCACUAGCCUAGCCAUGGCGUGUGACCUUUGCACUGAGCACUUCGACGGCGCCGAGCGGGCGCCCAAAGUCCUGCCGUGUGGGCACACGGCCUGUCUGCAGUGCCUGCAGCGGCUGCAGGACAGCAGGUGCCCGACGUGCCGGAGGAACAUCGACGGCCCGCCGGAGGAACUCCCGACUAACUUCCUGGCCCUGACGUUGCUUGAAGAACGCAGACUGGACAGCACCCCUCGCGGCUGGUGCUCGGACUGCCGCGCCGCAGCCACACCCCGCUGCUGGGAGGACCACGACGUCCUGCCCGUCAAGCGAGCCCUGAGGCGCCUGCUGCAGGGCUCGCUCCCGCAGGCCGCCGAGCAGCUCCAGGGCCUCCCGGACCAGUGCCGGGACGAGCAGGCCCUGCCCGCUCUCACCCUGCUGACGGGCGAGUCCUGGGACGUGUCGUUGCGGGGCGGGGGCCGCGAGCUGACGGGUACCCUGCGGAACACCGAGGACCCCCUCACCAAGGCCCUGUGGCUUCUGCUGGCGGCGAGGGCCGCGCUCACCGAGGUAAUGAAGGAUCCAUUACGUGCAGCACCACCUGCAGCACCACCUGCAGCACCACCUGCAGCACCACCUGCAGCACCACCUACGGCGGCACCUGCAGCUUUCCUUGGCCUGCCACCACCUGCCACGGCGCGGCCCCCGCGGGUGAUGGAUGUGAGCAUUAUCAGCCGCUAUCGGCCCGACUUCAUGAAGCAGGAGAAGUUCGUCGCCCUGCUGGACGCGCGAGGGGUGACGCGGCUGGUGGACGUGUACUGCAACGUGGACCCCGCCUGGAGCCUCGAGCUGCUGCAGAUCGCCGCGCCCUCCGUGGAGCAGCUGAGCGUGAGAAAUCCCCUCAGUGGCGUGCACAACUACUUCCACAUGCUCGCGGUGCGUGCCAUGCCGCGGCUCAGGAGGCUGGAGGUGAUAUGUGAGGGUUUCUUGGGCCUUCCGGCUAUCGUGUUCAAUGCGCCCCCGCCGGGGCACGCUGGCCUGCAAUGGCUGCGGGUUGACCGUAUGUUCCGAAGCGAGCUGCAGUUCAUGCUGCGGCACAACGCCCACUCGCUGGAGACGCUGCAGAUGCUGAUGGGCACGUCGCGGAUGGGGCCCGACCCGCAACCGGAGCUGGAGUUGAACGGCCUGCGGGCGCUGCGGAGGCUCGUGCAUAAUAGGAUUGAUGGCGGCCACUCGGCAGACGAUUGCAAACUGCAGCUCGCCGAAGUGCGGCGGCGGGUGCUGCCCGGGGUCGAGGUGUUCUGCGACGCCUGUGAUAUUGGGGUGAAAGAACUCUUCUAGGGGCGGCGAACGUCAGGCACGCCCCUGCCACCCUGCGGCAGAGGACGCCCCAGAGCGUGUUUGGGACCAGGAGGACUCACUGCGCGACUUGACGGCCCCGCCGAGCAAAGCGAAACAAUGUGUGCCACUGUUACAAAAAGAAACCUAAUCAAACUAAGAAACCUAACCAAACCUAUACCAGUCCAGAUAUAUGUUAAAUAAAAAAUUACCUUCUUGAAUCAUA